CAAAUAGGAGUAGGGUUUAAGCUUUUGCUGUGAAAGAUUUAGUAAAUCUGCAUCAGUUUGGUAGGCAUUCUCCAGCUCAGCCCGAUUACACUUAUACUUAAUUCAAUGACUCAUCGCAGUGGUAGUCGUAAAUUUAAUCCUAGAAUUCUAUAUUUCAGACUCAACCAAAACCCUAGCUCCAGUUAUGAAAGAAACAUUAGCUUUUUCAGAUACUACUGCUUAGGGAAGAAGUGUGAUGAUGGGUUUGGCCAGUGGACUGAUGAGAUUGAGUAUUUGGAUGAAUCAGGGAGUGUUCUAUACUCUGGUAAAGGUUUAAGGUCGGUGGAGCCAGGGGUUGAUGACCAUGUAAUGGUGGGUGAGCUAAAGAAGCCAUUCUUGAAUGCUUCAGCUGUUGCAAAGAUUGUUGAGGUUGUGAAGAGGUGGAAAUGGGGACUAGAAUUAGAGACCCAACUGGACAAGCUACAAUUUCAUCCAAACAUGACUCGUAUAACUCAAGCCUUGAAGAUUAUUAAUGAGAGCGAUGCGUCGUUGAGUUUGUUUAGGUGGGCUAAGAGAAAAUCCUGCUAUUCACCAAGUGAUGAUUGUUACAUGAUGUUGUUUGAUUGGUUAAAUAGAGAUAGAGAUUUCAAUGAAAUUCAAUUACUAUUUGAUGAGAUGGUUCAAGAUUCGAGCAAUGAUGGGAAGGCUCAGGAAUCUGGUUACAAAGUUGAUACUCAAACAUUUAAUGCUCUUAUGACCCUGUUUUUGAAUAAAGGCUUGCCUUUUAAGGCGUUUGAGAUAUAUGAGAGCAUGGAGGUGGCAGGAUGUUUGCUGGAUGAAUCCACCUAUGAGUUGAUGAUACCAAACUUGGCAAAAUCUAGUCGUCUUGAUGCUGCAUCUAAGCCUUUUCAAGAGAUGAAAGAAUGGAAAUUGCGGCCAAGCUUGAGUGUCUUGGCAUCACUCAUUGAUUCAAUGGGGAAAGCCGGGAGGCUUGAUGCAUCUAUGAAGGUUUACAAGGAGGCCCAGGGCUGUGGCCUUAGGUCAUCAUCUGCCAUUAUGUAUGUUUCUUUGAUUGAGUCCUUUGCCAAAGCUGGGAAGCUAGACUCUACACUUAGACUUUGGGAUAACAUGAAAAAGGCAGGUUAUAGACCAAACUUUGGCUUAUAUACACUGAUUAUUGAGUCUCAUGCAAAAUCAGGGAAGCUUGGAAUUGCAAUGUCUGCUUUUAAAGAUAUGGAGAAGGCUGGAUUUCUACCUACUCCAUCUACCUACUCAUCUCUCUUGGAAAUGCAUGCCGCUUCUGGACAAGUAGAUUCUGCCGUGAAAUUGUACAACUCAAUUACCAAUGCAGGCCUGAGGCCUGGCUUGAGCAAUUAUACUUCCCCUCUAACACUCUUGGCUAAUAAGAACCUUGUGGAUGUGGCUGCAAAAGUACUACUUGAAAUGAAGUCCAUGGGAUUUUCAGUUGAUGUGAGAGCUAGUGAUGUUCUGAUGGCCGAGCAAAAUGAGAGGCAUUUGAUGUCAAUUCUUAGUGCUACAAGGCACAAAGCUCAUGCCUUUAUGUGUGGACUCUUCACUGGUCCAGAAGAGAGGAAACAACCAGUCUUAUCUUUUAUAAACAGGGCUCGCCCUGUUUGGAAAGUUGCCUAUGAGAACAAGCUUUUCGCAGAGGCAAUAGUUUUCAAUCAACAGAUUGCCUGGUUCAGAAAGCGUACGUUGAAUUAUGGUGUUAUCCCUAGGCGGAUCAAAUUGGUUACAGGACCGACACUGAAGAUUGUGGUUGCCCAGAGGUUGAACUCAGUCGAAUCCCCAUUUGAAGUUAGCAAGAUCGUUUUGAGGGCUACUGGAGAUUCUGUUAUGGAGUGGUUUAAGAAACCAAUUGUUCAACAGUUACUUUUAAAUGAGAUCCCAUCACGGACGGACAUCCUCAUGCACAAAUUGAACAUUCUUUUUCCUAGUUUUGCACCUGAGGUUAGAUCAUUUGUCCCCUCCUAAACCACUCAUGGCCAUGUAAUCAGUAUUUGUUGUACCGUAAACAAUUUAGCUACAUGGGAACACCCUUUUCAAAUUAGAGUGACAUGUUCGUUUGACCAGUUGUAUCGUUCAUUUUAUUUCUUUGCAACUAAAAUUUAUCCAGUCUCGAAGUUAUCAUUGUUAAAGAGCAUUAACAUAUUACAAUAUAGUGCUUACAAUGAC